AUGCGCCAGUUUGAGAACUUGGCUGCGAUUACUGGCUAUGACUCUUCAAUUAACCUGACAUUUCACAAAUCCAAAAUUGCCACGGAUGAACUCUUUACUUCACUUCGGGAUAUUGCCGGAGCUCGGAAUCUCAUGAAACAGUUUAAGUCUGUGUACGUUCCUGGAAACCAUACCCACCAGGCAUCCUAUAAGCCACUGCUGAAGCAGAUCGUGGAGGAAAUAUUUAAUCCCGAGAAGGCAGAUCCUGUUGAUAUUGAACACAUGUCUUCAGGCCUCACUGAUCUCCUUAAAACUGGAUUUAGCAUGUUCAUGAAGGUGAGCAGGCCCCAUCCCAGCGACCACCCGUUCCUGAUCCUCUUCGUGGUGGGCGGAGUCACGGUCUCCGAAGCCAAAAUGGUCAAAGACCUCGUGGCGUCCCUGAAGCCGGGAACCCAGGUAAUUGUGCUGUCCACACGGCUGCUGAAGCCACUUAACAUUCCGGAGCUGUUGUUUGCGACUGAUCGCCUGCACCCAGACCUUGGCAUCUGAGCACCAGCCAGGAAGAUAAGCGCCGCCCGAGCUGGAAAUAGCAGUCGAGCGCCCAGCAGCGUUCCAGAUGCACCUCCAAAGCCAGCAUCCCCGCCACUAAUUGCGGUAUGGCUGAAUUUUGCCCAAAGCGUCUUGAUAACCACACAGCAAGGUACUUCACUUGCAUUUCUGUGAUUCUUAAAAAAAAAAAAAGUGUUUUUUCAUUUCCCUGAAGGUAUCAAGCUGUCUUUCAGCUGGCUUAAUUAGGGAUAAUUUCCAUUCUUACUUAACCCUCCCUUUGUGAUUUUCCUCAUUGCACCUGCAAGUUCCUUAAUUCUAAAUAAAAGCCUGUUGGCAGG